AUGCUCGUUCGAAGUACUUUAACGCUGUUUGGCUUUAUAUUACUAUCGUGUGUAUAUAAAACUACAACAGAUAAGCCCUGUGCAGCCAGACAAAUUCCAAGGGAGUCCGUUGUUUGUGUGUGUAAUUCAACGUAUUGUGAUGAUUUUAUCAGAGAACCACCAGAAGAUGAUUCCUACGUCAUGUAUACGUCAAACAAGGCUGGAUUACGCUUCGAAAAAGAAAUCAAAGGCUUUCAAAAAGUAGGAGAUAAACAUUGCCUGUACUGCUCUGAAAUACAUUUGGAAUUGGACCCUUCAGUGACGUUUCAAAAAGUAGAGGGUUUUGGUGGAGCAGUCACUGACGCCGCUGCUAUAAACUGGAAAUCUUUGAAUCCUGCCCUACAGUAUUAUAUUAUUAAGUCCUAUUAUACCAACGAAGGUGUUGAAUACAAUAUGGCCAGAGUACCCAUCGGUGGAACUGACUUCUCUACCAGGACAUAUGCCUACAAUGAAUUUCCCGUAGACGACGCUAACCUUACUAAUUUCCACUUGGCUCCUGAAGACUAUAAAUUAAAAAUACCAAUGAUAUGGGCGAUUCAGAACGCAUCACAAGUACCAAUACAUAUAGUGUCAAGCACCUGGUCUCCUCCACCCUGGAUGAAGACGAAUAACGCAUUCACGGGGUUUAGCCGUCUGAAGGAGGCAUACUACCAGACAUACGCUGACUAUCAUUUAAAGUUUAUUCAAAAAUACGAAGCUGAAGGAAUACCGAUAUGGGGUAUAACGACCACAAAUGAACCGAUCAAUGGAAUAUUUCAUUUAACAAGUUUUAAUUCUUUAGGCUGGACUGUAAAUCAGUUGGGUAAAUGGAUAGUAAAUCAUCUAGGUCCUACUAUCCGCAACUCCACUCACAAUCACAUAAAAAUUUUGACCUGUGAUGAUCAGCGGUUUACGGUUCCAUUCUUCUUUAAUAUGAUGUUGCAUGAGCAUCCAGAGGCCUUGAAAAUAAUUGAUGGCAUAGCUGUCCACAGCUACAACGACUUUAUUACACCAGCAUCAGUGCUAAACUUUGUUACCAAAUAUUAUCCAGAUAAAUUUAUUAUAUCAACCGAAGCCAGUGAAGGUUCAUUUCCUUGGCAAAAUAAUGUAGUUUUAGGAUCAUGGGACAGAGCUGAAAGUUAUAUUCAUGAUAUAUUAGAGGACUUAAACCACGACGUUGUAGGUUGGAUUGAUUGGAACUUGUGUUUGGAUUUAGCAGGAGGUCCGAAUUGGGAGUCAAAUUUCGUGGAUUCACCGAUCCUUGUCAACGCACGAGACCAGGAGUUCUAUAAGCAACCGAUGUUUUACGCUCUUGGGCAGGUGUCUAAGCUCGUCCCUAGAAAUUCAACGAGGAUUCAAGUCACCGAGACGAAAUCUUUCUUCCAGAGAUCCGUGAAGCAUGUAGCCUUUGUAACGCCCAGAAAUACUACAGUACUUGUGCUAUAUAAUAGCGGAAAGGCACAAUCUGUGACAGUUAAAUGUGUCGAUGUCGUCGCAAAACUAAAUCUCACUGCUCAUUCGAUUACGACGAUCGAGUUUAAAACAAGAAAGGAACCAGAAAUGAAACUGGAAGAUCUUCUAACACCUUAA